UCGUCACGUGACAUUUACCAAUAUGGCUACUGUGAUGUGCCCCGUCCUUGGGUUUUUAUGUAAACACUGUUUCGACUACACAGGAAUAGACGACAACGUAAUUUAUUCUUGAGCAGGGCAGAGGGAAGUAUUCAUGUGUUUAUCUUAAGGCUUUUAUCUCCGAUUGUCGUUUACGCUCUCCGAUAAAACAUCAACAGCCAAUCUUGAUUAAUGGGGCACCUGCCAAGUUCGCUGUGUAUUGCAGUCUGUUAAAAAUUGAUUACGAAGUAACUCUGCUGUCGUAACAUCACGGUGGGAUCGGAAGGGUUUCAGGUAGGAAUAUUUAAGAGUUGAUGAACCGAACGAAUGUAACCAUGUCCCAGGUCUACACGAUGCGGUUGCGACGGACUGACCAUGAACUUGAUUAUGAUCAGCUGUGAGUAUUGGAAGGUGGGGCUCUCCCACACACGAAAUGCCACAUGUUUUGAGACGAGUAACGAUACUGUUGAAGUGAAGUACUACUGAAAAUAAACGAUGGAUUCGGCCUCGAGAAUGACACUAGUGUUCGAGCGACCUGGCUCGGAUAUAAAAAAGGCCGGUUAUCUAAAAAAGUUGAAGACUAUGAAGAAGAAGUUCUUCCUAAUGCGAUCUACAAGCAGUAGUGGACCAGCAAGGUUUGAAUAUUACGACAGCGAAAAAAAGUUUCGGAAUGGUCAGGCACCAAAACGUGUUGUACAUCUACAUACCUGUUUCAACAUCAACAAAAAGUCAGACACACGCACAAAAAAUGCCAUUGCCCUCUACACACGCGACGACUGUUUCGCAGUCAUCGCUGAUACUGCAAUGGAGCAAGACCAUUGGUUAGAACUGUUACUGGAGUACCAGACAGAAUACUCUGACGGUGUAACUGUGACUCCAAGAAUACAUUUUGAUUAUGUGUGGCAGGUGACAAUUAAGCACCGCGGGCUUGGCUGUACGAUUCCGGGAAUGAGCGGCACGUAUCGCAUGUGUCUGUCCACAACUGACAUCUGCCUCUUCAGAAACAACUCCGACUUAUUUGAGUUCAACUUUCAGUUGUCCAGUAUCCGGCGGUGUGGCCAUUCAGAUGGAUACUUCUUCAUGGAUGUUGGACGUUCAGCACCAACGGGUGAGGGGGAGCUUUGGAUACAGGUGGAUGACACAGUCAUCGCACAGAGCAUGCAUGAGGUCAUCCUUUCCGCCAUGAGAACAUCGUCUAACAAUGAACAGGCUCACUUCCGACCGCGCAGCAGUACUAACACUUCAAUGAUCAACCGCCCCCGGGACAACAGCCACGACUUAAAUGGAACAGCUGCACUCAGGCCACGGACAGGAAGUGAAGGUCAGCGUGUUAAAGGACAAGGAAGUCCGAGCCGAAGACCUAUGUCGUCCGUGGUAUAUCGCUCCCCCAACACCAGUAUGGACAACACGCCACCGGUUGCUGCAGGACAAAACUCAUUCCAUCCCCAUUUAUUUGAGGCUGCCGGACAGCCAGCUUUCUACGAGAAUCAGAACGCAGCGCAUGCCACGCUGAAUUUUCCAGCUCCAGGCCACCGGGGUCGUUCUGACAGCGCCGAAUCACGCGGCUCACGCUGCAGUCAAGUAGCCUUGUCACCUGAUGCAUCCAUGUAUGGAUCAAGUCCAGGUGAUCAAUUAUCACAUCGUUCAAUGACUCCUGAGUCCAUGCGUCCGACCAUCACUGAAGAGUCGGCUUACUUUGACAUGUCCCCGGGGGCGGGGGCGAGAUCAACCACCCCCUCACCACCACAUCCUUUCACAACAGACAGAAUUGCCUCAGAUGCCAUAAUGAUAACGGGGUCGAGUAAACACGAAGGCUAUAUUGAGAUGAAGCCGAGUAGCUCGUUGGGAAGCAGUGUUGGAGGAAACGACACAGGCUACAUGGACAUGGCCAUUAAUUCACCCGGACUGCCACAGGACAAAGGUGUAAGUGAUAACUCCUACAUGAUGAUGGGUCACCAUGGGAACCGCCAAUCCUCCAUGUCUGUUCCGAUCCCGUCCCGUGUAACAAAGGAGGGAGGUUACGUGGACAUGAACAUGACUCCGACCAGUCAGCCUCUCCCCACAGUCAAAGAAGGCGGCAGUGGUGAGAGUUACCUGCCCAUGACCCCGACUGGUAUGAGUCCCAGAUCAGCUGCAGAUCUGAAGCCAGCGAAGGUCAUCAGUUAUCUGUCAGACGAUUCAAUGUCAGGAGAGUUCCCUAAACGAGCGUAUUCCCUGGGCAGUCGUCCGGUCAGUAAGACCUUACACCGACACACACACAUACCAGAGCCUUCUAUCCCGCUUGACCUUAAGGUUAUGGACAAUGGUCGUAGUUCAAGUGCUCCACAUCUAAUUGUCCAGAAAAUCAAGAAUCAGGCAGCGGCUUAUAUGCCUAUGGACGCCUCUUCCUACAGUGCAUCCAUAAAAUCUGAUGACUCCGAUUCCUUCAUGGAACUAGAUUUCUGUCGACCUCGCACUGCAAGUGAAAGUUACGGGUAUAGACCACGAGCGUCAAGUUUUGGGAAAAUGUACAACACCCAAGGACAUAGGCCAAGGUCAUCCAGCUACGGCCAGAGUUCACGGGGUGGUAAACAAAUGGGGUCAUUUGAGUCGGUGCGUACAACUUCGAAGGAAUUAUUACACAAACGAUCGUUCGAAUCCCUCAGUCGGUUCUCCACUACCUCCUCCAAAGCUUCUUCUUCCGAGUCGCUACGGAAAUUGGAGACCUCUUCGAAGUCAUCACAGCAGUCCGAUUACGUUGACAUGAACAUGAAUCGUAAUUCCGAAAAUAGUGGCUAUAUAGAUAUGUCAAUCGGAGGUCAAGGUCAGAGUGCAGGGUCUAAGUGUAGUGGUACGUCGCGCAGCUCAUCCUCGCAGAGUCUGAGCUCAUCGCCAGCUGUGAGUGGAUUUAUAAGUCCUAGUCGACCGGAGAAAUCAUCGCCGGAUAUCAAAAUCAUCAAGGCUUCUGGUCAUGUCGUGCAGAAACCGGUUGGAUUUAUUCCGUCACAUCAUACAGGUAGUUCCACUCACGGAACCGAUGGAAUUCCAAGCCAGGCAGCUCUGUUUAGUCCAGUGGCUUUUAAUUCAGGUUCAGGUGGGUCUCGCAGUCCUUCAGUCAAAGGACGUAGUCCAGCCAGCUCUGGGAGGGAGUCAGAGGAAGAGAGUUACGUCCCUUAUCAACCAGCUUCCUCAGACAAAAAUGACAGUAAUUUUAAAGGAUCCAGUGGAAAAGACUCUUCAAGUUCAGACUCUGGAAAAUUUUCAUUGAAGAAAAAAAAGCAUAAAAGUGACAAAAGUGAAAAAAAAUCUGCAGAAAAACAUAAAAAAGGAAGUUCUGAUAGUAAAAAGUUCGGAAAAAAUAGUCCAAAGGAUGGAAAACAUAGUCCAAAGUCUGAAUCAAAAUAUCAGAAGACAACAAGUGUUCAGGAUGACGUGUAUCUGGCAUAUGAACCGGGGUCGGAGACAUUGUCUGAAGGGAGUGACCGGCCAGCAGAGACUGCUAAUGUGUUGAAGAAACCAGAAUCUGUCCCGUCAUACACGAUAAAGUCUGCUGAGACCCACUCCACUCCCUGUAGUGAUUACAUGGAUUUUCAGCCGGAGGUUUCACAAGACACAAGUGUUAGAAAGAACACCCAAUCAGACGUCAGCAGGAAAGUCAAAGAUUCCAGUGAGAAAUCACCAGAGAGUAAAACACCGCAGAGCAGUGGGAAAAUAACACCAGAAGGCAUUCUGCCAGUUCAGAAUUUGUCGACAAAAUCCGAGCAAGCAGAACCAGUGGUUUUCUCUUUGGGGAGCAUGGAUGAUUACAUGACACACACCCCCGCAUCAUCUGGGGAAGAUAGACAACAAUCGCUAGAGCCAUCACUUACCAGUCAGGAACACGAGAAAACGCCGACCAAUCCUGGGGGACCUGCUGGAGAGUCCUACCUAUAUAUGGAGUUUGACCCUUCCGCACAUCGGGUUGAGGAAAGUGCAGUGGAUGUUAAGAAUCCCACCCGUGUUCGAUCCUACAUUGCUGAAAAAUCCAUGGAAACAGAUUUAGCAGAGGACAGCUCAAAUCCCACAAGUGCGAAAAAUCCAACUGUUCCGAAUCCACCUGUUAAAACAGGCAUUACUGGCAAAGUUAGCAAUGGAAGUGAUAUUUCAGGCCCUGAGUCAAAUAAGAUCAUUCAAAAGUCUCGGAAGGUUGUUGAACAGCCAACACCACCUAAAUUGGCGGAGAAAAAAGCGAACAUAGAUAAUUCUAAAGGAAACCUUGCUGAGAAACACAAGCGUGAUAGUCCUAAAGCUUUGUCAGGAAAGCUUGGGAAGUCUAAAGAGAAACCUGCGGAAAGACGGCUAGAAAUUAAAUCGUUGGCUGCUUCCGUACUUCCCGUACACGAGGAGGAGGAGGACGAUGGGUAUGUUGGCCUGGAUUUCAGUAAACCUAGAAAAUCUAAAGAGGAUUUAAUAGAGGAGACUGCACCCUCUGACUUGGACAGCCUUCGCCCUCUACCAGUACGGAGUGAGAUAUGUGGACUUGAAGGGUCGUUUUCCAAGGUCGUUAUAAAACGUCUUGUGUCUUUGCCAGGAGGUGAAUCAGACGAUGUGACUGACAGGCAGCCUCUGUGUCGAAAAAUCAGUGCUCCGUCCGUCGGACAGUACAACCAGAAAAUAGUCUCAGAUGUUAGAAUGUCUCCGGUGCGUAAGGGCAGUGUAUCUUCCCUCGGGGAGGAAUCAAACAACGGAAAGAGAGAAGAUGGGUCAUGUGAGUCGGUGGAGGGACAAGCUAGCGGUGCUACAGGGGCUGGACAAAGUUCAGCGUGUUCAGAACUCCACAAGCAGAAGAGCAUGCCGUGCAUGACUCUGCCAGUCGCUGAUGAGGCACCAGCUCCGAGCGUGGCAAUCGGUACAGCAGGUUUCUUCAACAAUCCUAGGAGUCGCCACAGUUGUUCGGACCUCACGGGGGCAUAUGAGCAAAUGACUUACCCAUCGGGAAACGACCUAGCAUCAACACAACAACAGUCAUCAUCACAACAACAGCUGGCGCCACCGGCCUGUGCACAGUUGAACUAUGCUUCAUUGGAUUUAGGGUCGUCGGAGACGGUCGACAGUAACGACCCCAAGUCCCCACGAAUCAAAAGUCGGCACUCAUCUGCUGAUGAACAAUCAGCUGGUCCAACGUUAUCAUACGCUCAAAUAGAUUUCAAAAAGUCAGAAAAUCUCAAGAGCGCUAGCAACAAGGACGUACUGUUCUCUUUUGAUUGAUGAAGGCUGGAUUUAGGAAAGUGUGAAUGCUUAUUUGUAAUUGAUUAUCGUGUAUUUAUAUGAUGCCCCAAGGAGCAUUUCAUCGUAUCUGUACAGCUAAGGAGUAUAUGCUAGGAGUUUGGUCAUUUUAUAAAUCACUGAAUUUUUGUCAAUACACAUUAUCGUUAUUGCCUUUUGAAUAACUUAUUUCUGAGGACUUUGUGUGGAAGAAAAAAUAAGAAAUGUCUAUCCACUUGAUUAACUCAUUCACCCCUGCAGACAAAUUUGAACUCCUCCAAUUCAAAAGUUUGAAUAGUUCAUUGUGAAAUUUCAGGGGGUGAAUAAGCUAAAUGUGUCUGAUAUUUACAAGGUAUUUGAAUUUUCAUGAUCAGCUCUCUUUCGAGGCAUGUAGUGAUCAAAUUUCUUGGAGACCUGAUGAUACGGUAUUGGAAAAAUAUGUAUUUAGAAAAAAAUGAGUGAUCAUGAUUAAUAGUUUACCUAUUAACAAUUUAAUUAAAAUUAUAAGGGAAAUAUUGUUAAAUUUGCAUUGUAACAUAUUUUCUUUUUCAAAGGUUGCUACUUAUGUACUUAAAAUAAUCAUGAUUGAAUUUGUACAUUAUUUCAAAAAUAAAAAUGAAAGUAAGUUUCUGUAAUUAUGUACAGAAAUAUAUAGUUAUGGCCCCUUCAGAGAUCUAAUGAUGUAAAAUUGUAUAAAUUAAGAAUUUGAGCAGGGAAAAGGCAUCAGGAGUUUUGAUCAAAUUUCACGACUUAAUCAAUGUUGUUCAAAAUGAAUUCAUAUGUCUCCUCUAUACAUUUUCAUUAUAGGAGAUAAUCAAAAAUAGUGCUAAAGUGAAAUUACAUGAUGAAUUUGUUUCAGGAAUUUCCUAUAUGAUUAAAUAAGAAGUUAUGAAUGUUUGCUUGGCAUGAAACACUAUGUUCAGUAUAUGAUUUGGUGUAUUCAUUGUCUCUGUUACAUGUUAUUUCUUACGUAUUUAAUACGUAAGAAAUUUGUUAUGGUUUCUGAGAAUGGUCUGUAAGCACAUUCUACCCUCAAACCCUUUUAAAUAUUAUUUCAGGGUUUGGCUAAGGUUUCCUGAAAGGAAUUGAAUGUGUUCUAUCAUGAAAGUAUUCAAUAGGCUAUAGCUUUCGGUUUUAUUGUCGGAUGUGAGGGGGCAAGUGUAUACUAUAGAUUAUGUGGUAAAACCUGUUUCAUCUGCACCAAAAGUCCAUAAUUAUUUUUUCCAAAACUGGUAAAGGGAUAUACGGGUCUCAGCUAUGUCAAAACUUACCAUAUUAGUGAUGUUUAUAUCAAGAAAAAUGUUCAAUUUGAUUAAUGUUUUGAUAAUUAAUUUAAUGGUAACCAAAACACACGUUAAAAGAUGCGUAAGGAAAAAUGAAUUUUGAAAUUACAAAAAUGAAAUUUUGAAAAUUUAACUGGCGUGGUCAAUGACCUUCAGCUUCGUCCUAUUUGCUGUAUUUUAUUUUUAUUUUUAUUUAAACACAUUUUAUUUGUAUCAAAAUAUAUAUAUUGGGAUUGGGUACAAGGUUCUAACUUAUAUAAAUCCCUUUCCCAAUAGAAUUUAACAAUAAGAGAUUACAAGAUGACAUAUUUUCUUCUGUACACUAAUGUGUGUUAGUACUCUCAUUUAUAUUUCUUCAAUAUAUGUUUUCCCUCGGAAGUAUUAAAUGUUAAACAACAAUUUUUACAUUAACAAAAGAAUUAGGUUGUAACGCCAAUAAGAUGUCCCGAAUACAGGAAGUGUAAGAGACUAAUGUGUCGGUGAUAUUGUUUUGCGAUACUAAACAGUAUAAAUCAAUGUACCAGUGAAAUUGUGUUGAUACACAUUACAGAAACAUGUUUUAUAAUUGGUUAUCUGGACUUAAUUUAAAGACUUUCUCAUUUGAAAUAAUUUUAUACAAAUCACAGGUAUAAUACGUAAGGGAGAUAACUAACAACAAGUCACAGGUAUGAUAUAUAAGUUUAAUACAAAUCACAGGUAGAUUAUGGAAGGGAGAAAACUAACCAAUAAUCACAGGUAUGAUAUGUAAGGGGGAUAACUCUAACACAAAAUCACGGGUAUAAUUUGUGAGGGAAAUAACUUGAACACAUAACAUUGGUAUAAAGUGUGAGGUAGGGUAUAUCCUUAAAUACAUUCAAACCACACCAUUUAAUAUCAUACUUGUGUUUUUAAUUGAGGGCUGUUGAUGAAGUUUGUCAUGUUAAAACAAACUUUGCUGAUUUUUUACAACAUUUUUCUUUUUAAAAUAUCAAUCCCUAUUGAAUUAUUACUAAAUUUUGAUGUGAACAUAUCAUAUCUUUAAUUUGGCUCUCAUUAUUAACUUUGUGUUUUAAAAUUAAUCUGAAUAUAUUAUUUAGACUCUUUCACUUCCGCAAAGUCCCUCUUUUGCAUAUCACAACUUGAUACUGUCAUCAUACAAUCAAAGCCAUUCACAUCGGUACCUUGGAACAUCAUAACCAUCAGCUUACUCAAAUAGAGUUUUGCCAACUAACUUUGCAAUCAUGCAGCUCAAAUGUGAAAUAAUGCCCUUUUUUCAUCAAGCCUGGGGUUAGUGCUGAAAAGAUUGACAGGUACAAAAAAGUUUAAAUUAAAAUUCAUAUUUGAAUACAUAAGAGUAAUUUCUUUGCAUUGUAUGUUGAUCAAGUGUAACCCUUUCACCCCUAUGUAACUUAAGUAGACUCUACCAUGCAUUGAUCUGGAUGAGUCCAUUAUGGUCUACAGUGGUGAAAGGGUUAACAUCAAAGCUGGAGUUCUGGAAUGGUUAACAUGAAAUGCUAUUUCAAAAAAACCAAAUUGUGGUUGCAAAUAGUCAUGUGUCCCUUAUAUAAUGCAUUUAAAAUGUAUAUGCUUAUUAUCAUCUCUAAGGCAUCUAAAUGAACAAUUUCUGAGGGCAAAUUUUGUCACAGAUCGUACGGUUGCUUCCUGCCUAGUUUACUGGAGUAUUUUUUCUUAAAACCUUCCUUAUUUUCACGUAGUUGAAAGUUUGAGUCAUUGUGGUAAGGCAAGUUAUCACUCACACAUGAAUGGUAGAAAGGGAACAUACCUGUCUUCUUAUAUGUUUUUCAGCAAUAUUCUCAUUUCACGAAAUACAUACUGUACUUAAAUUAGGGCAGUCAUCAAUAAGGUUCUUCAGUCUGGGAAUAUGUAAUAUUAAAGUUUUACUUGACACACAAGCAAUACCUAUUAACCCUUUCACCCCUAUGUAACUUUAGUAGACUCUACCAUACAUUUAUCUGGGUGAGUCCAUUAUGGUCUACAGUGGUGAAAGGGUUAAACAAACUCACAAACGUUUCACGAUCGACUGGUCCCUUUGUCAAGCUUACUCAAAGCUUGACAAAGGGACCAUUGGUUGUUGAAACAUUGCGACAAGUUUAAUAUAUACAUUGUUUGUGUAUAAAGUAAAACUUUGAUAGGACUGUCAUAUUUUGCAAGCAUCAGUGAUCACAAUACACGCAUCGCAUGUUAGCACAACAGCUGUCUGUAAAUACAGAACACAGUGUGUUUAUGUUUAUUAGUUGUCAUAACUUUGCGCUUUUGAAUCAGCACAAUUGUGUCUAAAAUAUAAAAUUGCCAAUAGGAGAAUGAACUCGAUGAAAAGUACUUAGAUUAAAUCAUUAUUAAUUUGGUUGUCACCAACAAAGAUGUUUAUUGUACAUAUUAUCAUUAAUUGCUAAAUCCAAAAAUGCCACAAUCAUAUUAAAGACAUGAGCUUUAAUGUAUAUAGAUGCUAUUUUAACUUUUUAUCAUGUUUAUGGAUUUGUUGGAGAAUUUUGUUACAGAGUGAGUUCAGAUUCAGGAGAUAAGUUAUAUUUGCAUGAAUUCGCUGUUAAAAUAUUUGUUGUUGUCGCUUUGUUUUAUCUGUGAUAAGGCCAAACAAAAUAAUGUGUCUGUUUCAGGUAACAUGCCUGAAAAAAAUAGGAUAGGUUGACCUGUUUAUAUCAAACUUCACAAUACAUUUCCACAUAUUACAAUGGUAAUUUGUCACGAAUAGGGUCAGACUCCCUGAACAGGAAGAAA